AUGGAUGAGGAAUAUGACUGUAUCGUUCUGGGAACAGGUCUAAAGGUUAGCUUCUUUAUUGAAGUCUAAAAAAAUCCCGGUUAUUUGUGGUGUGGUUCUAUCACUAUGAGUUAGAUCGAGUAGUAAUUCACACACCCUUUCAUUUAAACGACAUUUACAUGGGCAUGACCCUCGUGAUUUUUGAAUUCAAAAUUAAACUUUAUUAACUUAACAGUAAUCUAUGCUGAAACGAGUACGUGUAGAGUUUACACCCGAGUCAAUUUAUUAGAUUUCCCCAGGUUUUAAGAGCAAAAUUUUAGUGUGCUUACAAAUGAUCAUAAUAUGGGGCCUGUGUCGUUUAAAAUAAGCCAGACAUCCCAUGUUUCUUUGGCUUAAUACUUUGCCUACAUUCAUGCAACUUUCGAAUCGAAAGCGAGUUGUACCUAAGCGAUACACUUUCAGUAUUUCGAAACUGUUAUUAAAGCUCAAUUUCCGUGCAAUGUUCAAUAUUAAACGCAAAGAUUUGUGGUCGAUUGGACAGUAAAAUGCAAUUUUCGUACUUUCCAUUUCCAUUCAAAUGGAUAAACCGAAACCUAAAAUGCUCAGUACUGUACACAUGUGGGCCUGUGUAAAGUUCCUUCUAUAUUUAAAGGUUUUUUUUUUCAUUCUGAUUCAAAUACUUUGUUAGUAGAGCAAUAUGUUGAUUGUGAUUCUAGUAAUAUAAUACUCUAUAUGAAAGUACAUGCACUGACUGUUGUUUCACAACGCUUCAAAACCAUUUUAUAUUAUAUACCUCUUAGUAGACGAGUUUAAGGUCCGUACUGUAAAUUACGAAACACACUUUUUAUGUGGGUCAUAAAUCAAUGGGAAAAGCAGGAUCCGUGGUUUACAGCAUGGACCGUGAAAGCAAGGCUAGUAAGAUGUUUAUUAUAUCGCUUUCUGUUUUGGGGAACCAAAAACAAGUGCAGGACAAGUCAAUUAAUGGUCAUUUGACAGGCGUCACACAAAAAAAAGAUUUUAUUGGCUCACAAAGACAAUAGCACUUUACAAAAGCUCUCUAUUGAAAGUGAAAUCAUUAUGCAAAUGCGCCAAGUCGAAAGUUUGUUUGGCAGUCAAAGCUAAGACCACUGUAAAGUUUUAGCUUGCUGGAUUCUUUUGAAAAGUGGAUAAUGUGUCUGACUCGAAAUGUCUUCCAUCUUUCUUUUGUUGGUACUUGAAAAAACUCUGCAUGUCACAGAAGCCUGUCAAGAUGAUCAGGUGCAAGUACGUUUGUUAAUUUCAUUAUCAAAGGAAUUGCUUGUGUUUCUUUCGCAAAAUGUCUUGAUCUCUGCAAGUCCAUUCUCAUCUUCUUAACUGUGACCUACACAGUGCAUGAUAAAAUUUUCAAUCACGGACUAGAAUCCUCUUCUUAACUAAGGUAACAAUUCAGCUUCUUCAUCAGCUUUAUUCUCAAAUAAACACAGGUUAAAAUUUGGAAGGACAAAGUCAACAUGCAAGUCUUUAGGGUUCACAGACAUAUGACAGUGUUGGAAAUAAUUUUUCUUGGUUGAAAGGCCAUGUGCCCUUUCAAACCUUUACUUUGAAAGGACAUAUUUGAAAAUUGGUUGGUCAUUAAUUAGCAUACUGUAUUUACUCAAAUAAGUGCCGAGUCACUUAUUAAAUUUUUCAUGCCUCCAAUGCGGUGCUAAUUUGAGGGUAGCGUUUAUUUGAAAGUUGGAUACAACAAAGAAUUGUUUUAGCCAUGACAUUGUUAUUUGCGGUAUUAAACUAACAGAAUAUAUGUCUUUUGAUUUUGAUUAUAAUGGGGCCGUGGCACCAAGAGCCAUGGCUGUUGUUUGCCUUAAAUCUCUUGAUAGUACAUGGCAAGAAAACCUUAAACCCAAGGAAUGAUUUUGGGUAACCCCUUUCAUGAACACAUUCUUCACAUUGGCAACUGUUAUUUUUUUUUAAAGAAAUAACCUUCGGCGUGCAAAGAAAGUAGUGUCCGAUAGCCCGGGGCUAGUGGAUUUAGCUAUUGGGCUAGUGAAAUAUGUUUUUAACUUGCCCGACGGGCAAGUGAUGUUCUUUGAGGAAUUCGAAUAACAGAAGAAGUGUGAAAUCAAUUCUGCAAGACGAAAAGCUUUUGGGGCUAGUUGAAAUGACAUCUGGGCUAGUAAAUGCUAGCUUCAGCUUGCCCGAAUGGCAAGCUGUAAAAAUGAUUUUCUUUCCACCCUGAACCUUCCCUCCAAAUUUCUCAUGGUUCUAGACAUAAUUUGCAGAAAUCUCAAGCUUUGAAAAAGAAUCGAGAUAGUCUCAAUAGACCAGUAGAAUUGGAAUGAUUGCUUCCCACCAUCUGGCAAGUUCAUUAAAUUUUGCUUGAAUGUGAUUUUUAUUCAGAAGGAAGUGGGCGUAAUUCAGGGAAAUGAUUAUGUUGGUUCAGGACAUUUCUUCAUGCUUAUUUGUAUUUGUUAAAUUACAUUGUUGAACGUGCUCAUUAACAAAUUCACCACUGGAGAAAAAGUGCCCAGGACACUAGUAGUUUUGAAAAUGGCAAUUCAGUUCAGAGAAAAAAAAGUAGCGUACACAAUCUUUAAAUGAAAAUUUACGUGUAGUACUGACAAGCCUCAUGUAAUUAAAAAAUUAAUGUACAUCAUUACAAAGGAACCAAAGCAGUGAUAUUUAUUUCAUUGAAAAUAUUCCCAAAACCACCAAUAAUGCUGCAGAUGUCUUAUAACGUGAAUUUGCAUCCCUUUAGUAUUGAGUUAAAAGAAUAUCUUGUUUUUUUAUGGUUCACAGCCAACUUCAAAGGUAGGUAGUCAUCGUUUGCACUAUUGUGAAGAUAUUUUCUUUCAUCUCUCCCAAUUUAUGACUAAAUUUACUUUUCAACAAUGCCUUUCCUUCUGGUUGUUGUUCAAACUGGCGAAGAGAUUGCGCAGAAAGUUUUCUUGUGCGUCUUACAAAGCUUUCUUCAUCUUUCAGAUCUUUGAAACAGGCAGCCAUUAGUUUCAAAGCAUGUGCUUCCAGUUGCAUAAAUUAGAUUUCCAUAUAUGGAAAGUAGAGCCCACUAAUUCCCUAACAAAGAGAACAGCUCAGAUAGGAAGACGAAUACAAUACGUGGAUGUUUUCAAGUUUCCUCAAAAUAGAGAGUAUUUCACUGGAAUGCAAGUUUAUCUUUUUAUCAUGGUGUUUUACCUUGUAAUAUUUUCGAAAUCAACUCAGGGAUGUUAACAAGCUUCUAAGACAAGAGCUAAGUCAAUUAAGUGCUCGGACGUUAUGUCCGAACGUAUUGCAAUAUUAGUUGGAUAUUUAGGAUUGGACAUCCGACAGUAAUUUCCGGCAUUCUAUGAUAACUUUGUUUAAAUCAUUUUUCAGAGAUAAAAACUAAGAUUAUUUUAUAAACACCAAUGAAAUACCAGGCAAGCUUUCGUGCGAGAACUUGAUAUCUUCACAUGUGAAAAUAACAUGUUAAAACUUUGAUGGAAGGCUAAAAUAACAUAACAGAAACAACAGAUUCCAUGGAUUGGCAAAACUGAAGAAGAUUGAAACGGAUUGAAAUUAGAGUUUUUGUAAACUGUUCAGCCUAACAGUUUUUCAAAGUUGAUCCCUGCUGCUUGCAACUUCAAAAACAAUGCUCAGGAGACAUCUUUGUUUGUCACGGAUCUCUGAUUUUGUUAUUUACAUGUAAUUUCUUUGCUUACUUUAAGUUCCAUAGCGGUUGAGGGCAAGUAGUUGGCAAAAUUAAACAAAAUGAACUGGACUGCCGUGACACAGGCCCCUUCAUGCACAUGGUGUACUUUCCUAUAUUGUCAGGAAGCCUAUAGUUCUUCAGUCCCCGGCUUCUACACUGUAAAGCUGCAGGGUGCAAAGAAAAUCAUUCCCGGACUACCGGACACUACUUUCUUUGCACGCUGAGCUGUAUAUACAUGUAGGCUUCCUUGCCGAUUUGUUAAUUAGAUUAGUGUCUAUCCUCUUCCAUAUUUUAAAAUUUAUUGUGUUUUCGUAAUUAAUUAUAAAUAUGUACAGUUAAUGGUUAAUAUUGGUAAAUGGCAAAAAAAAUGAAUGAAUGAACCUUAUUCUAUGUCAUGUUAAACUUUCAGGAAUGUGUUCUCAGUGGGCUUAUGUCUGUGAAUGGAAAGAAAGUUCUUCACAUGGACCGACAGAAGUACUAUGGUGGAGAGAGUGCAUCAAUCACCCCCCUGAAUGAUGUAUGUGGAUCAUUGAUUAUUUUUUACUAAUUUUCACCUUGAUAGGAUGCUUUGUUUUGCCUUUUUUUGUGUCAUGUACCAGUAGGUUAUUAAAAUUGCAGCCUGGAAAGUUUUCCCCCAUUGGUUUGUUUUGGAUGGCUUGAUAGUGAAAAACAGUAUUGUUCAGAGUAAUUUUUUAUCUUAUGUACAGUGAAGUAGGACAUCGAUCAAGGUAGUACAGUAUCACUGGAUGAUUACACCAGCUAAAAACCCAGAAAUUAGCUUCCUUUUUUUCAGUCAAUUGACAUCAUUGAAAUAAUUUUGGUGCUUACACUGUACAAGUAGUGUUAUUACAGUGUACAUGUAGUCAUAUCAAAAAUGCCCAUUUGUUGUUGUUGUUUUGAAUUUUAGUUCUUUACAUUGUUUGGGAAGACACUAGAUGAUGAAAAUAAGUAUGGAAGGCCAAGAGACUGGAAUGUUGAUCUUAUUCCCAAAUUUUUGAUGGCUGGAGGUAAGUUUAGAUUUACGUAAGUCAGUAGAAGAGAGUCACGUCCAGUAUAAUUCCUUAAAGCUCCACAGAUGACAAGAACUGGGAUUUUACAGCUUUUAAACUCAUUGCCAGUUGAUGCGCUUGGGAACUGGUGCCUAAAAGGUUAGCAGGGUGGGGGGCAAAUGCUAAAAAUAAGGCAAGGAGGUAACCAGGCAACCCUGGAAGUUGGAACCACCCCUGCAAGCGGCCACUAACUGGCACCAUCACACUGAGAAAAACCUCAGUGGAAUAGAUACUUACCAUGUGAAGUACUUACCUGCGCAUCCACACAUGACAGCAGGGAGAGAGGAGAGGGAGCAAGAAUCUGCAAAGAUUCGCCAACACAAAGCUUAAAGAUGAUCUGCAACGAUCAGCAAGAGUAGCUUGCCAAAUAAUGGUAAAGGAUAGCGGCCCUGAAAACCUGAAAUGAGCUGCCCCGCACGUCACACAUGCUAAUACAGGGACACCACUGGUAACAUUGGCUCGAGAUUAACUUAGCCUAAAUAAAAAUUUAGCCACAUAAAAAAUCAGUAGAUUUGAUGCAAGCUGCCACUAAAAUACACUAGAAAAUAAAGUCACAACAACUAUUUUAUGGAGAAAUCACUGAGACAGUCCAGGGAAUCCCAGAACUGGAGAGAGAGUUUGCCAAAGGAGCUACGGUCCUUUCAUACAUAAUUGUAAUUUACGAUUGCUGCUUAAAGGGUUAAGCAACAACAACAAAGUGAAUUUGCCCUGUUUCAAGAAACUUUUCAUUGUUGAAGAAGUUGCCAUUGUUCAAAAUACUAACGAACCACUCACUAUCUACAGUGCAUACACGUAGAUAGUAUGUUAGCCAGUUAGAUUGUAGAAUCUGUGAAAGGUUGCUAGCUGGUUUAUACUGAUAAAAUAAUUUACUGUUGUAUAUGUUUUAAACAAUCUUGGAUCCCAGCUGUUUAGGUACACUAAAUAGCAACUGUUUAAAUUUAUGUCUCUCAUUUUAGGGGAGCUUGUAAAGCUGCUCAUUAUCAGUGGAGUAACAAGGUACCUGGAAUUCAAACAGAUUGACGGAAGCUUUGUUUACAAGAAAGGCGGUAAAAUUUACAAGGUCCCUGCGGAUGAGAAAGAGGCCCUGGCCACUGGUCUGAUGGGUAUAUUUGAGAAACGUCGAUUCCGAAAUAUGUUGAUUUUUAUCAAUGAUUUUGAGCCCGACAACCCCAAAACAUUUCAAGGUAAGAAAGGCCUUGUUAAAGUAUUAUUCUUGUCUUGUUAGAAUGGCAGACAGGGUUAAGAGUACAAUGUACAUGUACAUGUUUGUAUUGGCAGCUUCCGUCGGACUGAAGCUUGAAUUUUUAAACAACUGGGAAAAAGGCCUCUAAGCCCAUUAAACAAAGUAACUUCAUUAUUAUUGUAAGUACAGUCUAACCUCUCCUUACGGACACCUCUCUAUUACGAACAGUUUGUUUGGUCCCAGAAAUGCCAAAAAUCAUACAUUCCCUACCUCUAUAAUAUGGACACCUCUGUAAAGCGGACACUCGGGUCUUUUCCUUUGGUGUCCGUAUUAAAGAGGUUUGACUGUACAGUUGAACCUCCCAUAAUCGACCACAUAAAAUGCAAAGAGUUGGUCGCUUACAGGACAUGGUCGCUUACGAGAGUCAAACUGCGGGAGGUCUUUUAGGAUGGGAAGUCCGGACGCAUCUACAUGUACAGAGUACUUUCUGGAGAGAAUGUAUUGCGUGUAAUUGUUGGGUUGCAAUUCAGUGCUCCAACUGCAACCAUUUUGGUUGCCAUGGCGAGUAGAAAAAAAUUUCAGCAACUAAAAUUGCAGUGAAAGUCACCAAUUUGGCGACCUGUGUUCAGCAUUCAUGUGCCAAGCUAUUCCCAAGAAAUUCCUGAGAUUUUUCGAGAUACGUUUUUCUAGUAGUUAGUGUACGUUUAUGGUCUUUUUAAGUUAAAGUGAGAUAGACAUUUGUAUUAAAUAUCAUUUAUGCUCUCUUUUCUUUAUAAUUUGCCUAUUGUCACCCUGGUUCUCUGGGUAUUAAGCCUUCAGAGGUCGUGUGCACCCAUUUUGAUUCUUUCAAACCAUCACGCAAGGUUACACAAACUGUUCCUUUUUUCUGGCGACGGACAUUUUAUGGCUGGUGACAAUUUUAUAAUUUUGGGUUGCCAAAAGGCGACGUUAAAUAAACUUUAGCUUGGAGCACUGCAAUUAUUUGUAAAGCAAUGUUGUUUCUAAAAGUUAUUCUAGCACUCUGAGUAGGGUAGUACACCAACAAAAAGAUCAGACCAUUGUAUCAUGUGGUCACUCAGAAGAGGCUAAAAACAAUGGAAAAUUCUAAAACUUUGUCAUCCUAAAAAGGCGGUUGUGGUUUCUUUCGAGAAGUGAUCGUCUACGAGAGGUUAAAACUGAAAGGCUUUGACUAGGAAACUUUGUGGCAUUUUGGAUAAGGGGUCGCUUAUGGGAGGUGAUCACCUCAUGACAGGUGGUCGCACAUGGAGAUUCGACCGUAGCUAAUGUUAAUGUUGCAGUUUAUUAACAAUAAUAUUAUUGGACGAAGUUGAGCAAAAUAUCAUGAUUAAUUGUCGUGAGCAGAUCAUAUAUUUGCCAAAGCUGAAGCCUGAGGCGAAGAAUUAAUCUGCGAGACACCGACACAUCAUGAUAUUUUGUGUUUGCCAUUUUUACGCAAGAGUGAUUGCAAGACGGAGAAAAGCGUGGUUUCAUUUACACAUGAGCAGAACAUUAUUUGCAGCCAAACGCUUAAACCACAGUUGGACAACAUUGCUCAUGAGCAGACCAUUAUUAAUUUUGUAGGCAGUUAUUUGCAGGUCACGUGGUGGGCUGUCGGCCAAUGAAAAGGAAGAAAAAUUUGCAUCAAAUUAUUAUUUUUAUUCCAGUUAAUAUUUUGUUUUUCCAUUGUUUUUUGGGUAUGGUACACUGUAUGCUUAUGAUUUGAUACAAAGGAAAAUAAAAAAUUGACUGACAUAAAAAAUGAACUGCAACAUUACUUCACAGGACACCUUAUUUGAUAAAUAAUUUUCAUUGAUUUGUAUCUUCUGGACCAUGCAGGGGUUGAUCCUGAGAAGACAACAAUGAGAGAAGUGUAUCAGAAAUUUGGUGUAGAUGACAACACAGCAAGUUUCACGGGACAUGCCUUGGCUCUACAUCUUGAUGAUAAGUAAGUUAUGUUUGAUCAGCAUCCAUUGAGGUCAAAUAUUUUUUUGAAGUUAUCCGCUGACAAGUUACUAGUUUUCAAAUGAUCGCAGGCUCAAGUUUAUUUUUUUAAAAAGUUUAUUUGAAAAAUGUUGUGUUUAUGUCAAUAUGGCUCUGCACUAUUAAGAUUUUGAUUUCAAACUGACCUCAGACCUGAAAAUUCAGCCAGUUAUGUAAAAAUGCAGGCAGGGAAGACGUUUUCUUACCAUGGUCACGCUUUAGUCAAGCUCUACAGGUGAUAGGGUGCAAAGAAAGUCAAUUUUACAGCUUGCCAUUUGGGCAAGCUGUAGCUAGCAUGUACUAGCCAACAAGUCAUUUCAAUUAGCCCCAAAACCCUUUUUGAUUAGCAGGAUUGAUCACAGUCCUUCUGUAAUUUGAAUUUCCCCCCCAAAAAAGCACUUGCCCGUCCGGCAAGUUAAGAACUAGCCCAAUAGCAAAAUCCCCUUGCCCCGGGCUAUCAGACAAAACCGUAGCAAAGUCUCUUGCUGACGGCAUUGUACACUGCUUGCGAUUCUCGGCCUUUACAUGAGGAGAAUCAGUUACGAUUCAGCAACAGUCCUUUUUUUUUUCAAAGAAACAUUUCGUUUCAGAAUGAUAUUUCACUAUAAACCAUGAGAUUAGGGGUCUUGUCAUGAGAAAGGUUAAAAAAAUGUGAGACGCAUGGCAGAAUCGUGAGCUUGGACCAGCUUGGGAGUCAAAGAGCAAUUGCUGAUCUUUUCGUCAUGUUUAUCGCCUGGACGAGUCAAAAAGCUUCAAAAGUUCAUAAGCUUUUGUCUCAAAGUUGGCCAUAGUGCUUAUUUGAAACAUUCAAAGUUCACGUGAAGAAAACUUAUUGUCCUGCGACUCCUGUAAAGUGUACAAAAUCAGCACAUCGUGGAACAGGAAUGAUCUACAAGAGUUGUCGUUUUGAUAUCAGGCGCUUUCGUGCGGAGCCGACUAAUUACAAAUGGCGUCUACAUCUGAGUGAAAUUGGCAAAUCACAGUGCCGCAAUAACUUGUUCCUUACACUACGCGUAAUCCACAAGUUUAAAAAGCAGUGAACUACAUUGGGAAGGUUAUCUACUGAAAAUGGUUCUGCAGUUGAUUGUUGGAUGGCACUUUAGAACUUAAUUGUCUCCUUGUGACAAGAUGUCAUCCAUUGUGUUUGUGAUCCACAGCAAUCCACAGCAGUGAAACGACAGGUGCUGCGAGACACGUUAAAGAACACUGUAUUCCCCUCGAUUCCUCAUUAAAAUAUUCGCUACCAGAUGAAUACUUCCCGAAAUAUUUAACUUUACACCUGGCAUGACAAGCUGAUGAGUAACUUACCUUAAGAACUGCCCUUUGCAAUCGCGACCGAUUUUCUACUUCAACUCCAAACACCAACACUACGAAUGUCAAAGAACAAGUUCACAGAUUCAAAGAAACCCUAUAACAGGUUUAUCUUAAUUUACUUUUAGAGCAUGUUUUUACAAGGAAUUAAAGACUUUCUCAGCACUCACAAAAUUAUGAAAUAUAGGCUGCCAUAAUUUCACUUCGCUUCAUCGGGUGCUGCACAGUGGGGCCUGGGAACUGCUAACAAACAUCCAGACAUCCAAACAGACAACCUUAAAGUCGUGAUCUCAUGCCAGAAAUAGGUAGCUGGCCUGUGCGGGCAGCAACAAGAAGUUGGCUAGUUUUGGUGACAUUUGUCAAGAGGAAGAAGCAGUUUAUGGAUGGCCAAAAUAAUUGUUCACGAAAUUUUUUGGGAGACAUAUUUAACGUUCAGAAUUGUUAAAUUAAACUUAUCUAAGGACAUAAAUCAGUGGUAAAAAAUCUUAGGCCAUAUACAAUCUAAGCGUCGCUCUCAUAAGUUACCAACUUACCUGUGACAUAAUUGCCAGCACUGCCUGUGAUCCUGUUUUGUUGCCACUGGUAUCAAGACCCAUGGCCUGAUUUACUACCGCCAUACCUGCAAUGUUAAAUGAGGGUCAACUACAUAGGCAUACUGGUAGUAAAGACUGGGAUAGAUAGGUGACUUAUGUCAGCAUAUUGGAACAGUAUCCCAGGUAGUACUGGCUUUUAUUGUUGCAGAUAAGUAAGCAUCAUGUAUGAUUAGGAAACAGGCUUUAAUAAUAAUGAUAAAUAAUGAUGAUGAUUAUACUACUACUACUACUACUACUACUACUACUACUACUACUGCUACUGCCGCUGCCGCUGCUGCUACCGCUGCUACUACUGCUACUCCUACUGCUACUCCUACUGCUACUCCUACUACCACUCCUACUACCACUACCACUACCACUACCACUACCACUACCACUACCACUAGUGAUACUGUUGAUAAUGAUGUUGAUGACAAUAAUAAUUUCUAAUGUGCCUUUUCCAUGCAAAUUCAUUCAUUCAUUUUAUUUUGCUUUUACCAAGAAAUACAACAAUAGUAUACAGAAAUACAUUAAAGAUAAUAUACAAUAUUCCAACUAAAUUAUUUACAAGAUCAAAUGUGGUAAAGGCAAGGAAGCCUGUAUAGAAGCCGGGGGCUUAUAAACUAUAGGCUUCCUGGAACCAUAGGGUAAACCAUACAAGUUAAGGGUUCUGAAUGAAAAUUUCGAUUAAUUUUUUAAAGAAAAAAAAAUACAUGUAUUAUCCAAAGCGCUUUACAGUGUUCAAAAAAGUAAAUCUAAUAAUAUUAAUUAAUGCCCAGAAGCACAUACUUGUGUAGUAAUUAAAGCUAAAAAGAAAAAAUUACUAGUAGAAGUGUCAUGAAAAUUAAUGUUUCUUGUUUCUAUUAAAAUGCCACCUCUCUACUAAAAAUCCUCGGUCUGUCCCUGAUACAGGUACUGGAUAUCUGCCUUCUUGCAUCUACAGUGAAACCUCUAUUAAGCGGACACCUUUGGGACCUUCUGGCCAUGUGUCUGCUUAAUAGAGGGUGUCCGCUUAAUAGAGUUUGUAAAAAUUGUGCAAUGUUUGUGGUAAAGUUCCGAAGAACUUUUAGGUGAAUUUUGAUGGGGCAUGACAAUCAUACGGCCAGAUGUCAGUCUAAUCCACAGUUUAUUGCAGCUAAAUGCAUUGAUUUAUCCUUAUUAAUCAACUACAGUUUGUAUUUCAAGGACGUAAUCCAAUACUAGUAUUGUCAAUUCAGUCCGGUGUUUGCGUAAUAGAGGUUUUUAAGAAUAGAAAUUACCCAAGUACAAUUUUGUUUUAGUGUCCGCAUCCGCUUAAUAGAGGUGUCCACUGAACGGGGUUUGAUAUGAAGGGAAAUAUAAGAUGUUAAUUUUGGGACCCAGCUUAGUGUCCGCUUAAUAGAGGGUGUCCACUUAAUUGGGGGUCCACUUAAAAGAGGUUUCACCUUAUUGUCAAACUUGACAGCUCACACCAUGGAAGUGUAAUUUUCUUUUUGUUCUGUUUUGAUUUUUAGUUACUUGGACAAACCUUGCAAGGAGUCAUUGUUAAGAAUCAAAUUAUACAGGUUAUUACUUUUAUUCUGUGUGUUUCCAUUUAUGCCCUUUUGGCCAAGUAUGUGGUUGAGAUGUUGGGAUCGAGAAACUCUACCGGGAAGGGAUAGCAAUGAGCGGAUAACUUUAAUCAUUUGAUUCUUUGAUCGAAGGUGUUUGAUGGAAAAUUGGCUGUGUCUUUCAAAUGGAUGCAAUAAACUUUUUCUUAACCCUUUAAGUCCCAAUAGUGACUAAUGUCAAUUUUCUCCUAACGAUAUCCAUACAAUGUCAAGAGAUUAGGUUAUGAGAAUUAAUAAAAUGAUCACCAAAGGGAAAAUGCCUUGAUCUUUUAUCAAAUUCUCUUAACUCAUUCUUUAAGGAAAUGUAUGGAGAUCAGUUUGGAGAAUUUGCAUGAAGAUAUUGGGGCUUAAAGGGUUAACAGAUGACCAAACCAUUUGAACAGGCUUUUGUUUACAAUAAAUGGGUGACUACAUGUAAAAUGAAUUGUUCAUCGAAUGAAUGACCUAGCUGUUUGAACAGGCCGAUGUUUCCAAUAAACAGGCAGCCAAGCUUUUCAAACAGAUGACCAAAGCUGUUCAAACUGUGGCAAAUAAUGUUCUUAACAGCUGACGAUCGGCUGGUAAACAGAAAGGUGUUUGUAAAUGGAUACCCAGAAGUGUAGGUUUUGGGGUGAAAGCUUACAAACCAAAAGCAUUGAGUGCAAGCUAUUGAAACGGGCCUUCAUUCUUUUAGUGAAAGUUUAGCCAGGUAUGGCAAGUCUCCAUAUCUGUACCCUCUGUAUGGCCUUGGUGAGCUACCUCAAGGAUUUGCAAGGCUGAGUGCAAUUUAUGGUGGAACAUACAUGUUGGAUAAGCCGGUAGAGGAGAUUGUUUAUGAUGAAAAUGGGCAAGUUUGUGGUGUCAAGUCACAGGGAGAAACUGCUAAGACCAAGAUGGUGAUUGCUGAUCCUUCAUAUUUCCCAGACAAAGUGAAAAAAGUUGGACAGGUAAAUAAAAUGUCAAAAUAAUAUAUUUUUAGCAGAAACCCAUAGUAUUACCUAAGAAAAUUUGGUAAUCUAUCCAUCUGAGAAAUUUCAGUUAUCAGGGUGCAAAGAAAGUCAGUUUUACAGCCUUCCAUUCGGGCAAGCUGUAGCUAACAUGUACUAGCCCACGAGUCAUUUCAACUAGCCGCGAAAUGCUUUUUGAUUAGCGAUUAGCAGGAUUGAUUACAAUCUGUCUGUAAUGUGAAUUUCCCGAAAAAAUUCACUUGCCCAUCAGGCAAGUUAAGAACAGAAUUCACUAGCCCAAACCAAAAUCCACUAGCCCCGGGCCAUCGGAUAUGACUUUCUUUGCACACUGGUUAUCAAGUAACUGUCCGCCUGUCCACCCUUUCGCACCACUGGGAAGCUGAUGUGAAUUUUCAAACUUUCUAGCUAAUGUGGGAGCCUGUAACCUGGGUUAAAGCUUUAUAAUAGACAUCCAUUAUUACGGUCAAUUGACAGCUUUCAAAAUAGGGUAUCUGCUGAGCAGAGUCACAUGACCGUAUUGCGGGUUCAGGUGCCAACUCAUUGAGGUCACAUGUUUUUUUGAAGUUUUCCGACAAGAAGUUGUUAGUUUUUUAUUGAUGGCAGGCUCCGUCCUGUUACCAUUACGAAUCACCUUGCACAACAUAAUUCACAGUACCAUAGCAAAGUACUGCUCAGCAGCAUUUAUUUGAUUAGAAUGAUCACGAUUAAGAUGUUAUGCAAAGUCUCAAAUGUGAGAACCUCUUUUCUAACUUAUACAUUUUUCCAAAAUGUUUUAUUUGAAGGUGGUUCGUUGCAUAUGUAUAAUGGACCAUCCUGUUCCAAACCUUCCUGUUAAAGAUCAAACAUCAUGCCAAAUAAUCAUCCCUCAAAGUGCUGUGGAUAGGAAAUCAGGUACUGUUUUGAAUUUUUCUUGUUCCAUCAACAUGAAAUUAUUGCGGGCGACAAGAGGAGCCCACAAUCCUAAUCUCCAGGUUGUUAUUAUGCAUACGUCGCAUCUAUGUAGACAGCAUUCGUUUGGACUUCCACUAAGAAUGAAUGGAAUGCACAAAACACAAUUUGAUCGUGCAUGUUUCGACUUUCUACCCUGCAUAAUCUGAUCAUGCAUGUUUUGAUCAUCUGUCAAGUGAAACGUACCCAAACGCACAGCAUUAAAGCAAAAGUGUUUGACGGCGUUUGAACGUCCAAUCAUUGUUACCUGCACUCCGUAACCUUUGGUUGUUACUAGUUUUAAUGAAGAAUUGAUGCAAACUUCCACUUAUAAGCUUUGGGCUGAUACAACAUUGUAAAGAGUUUUUUAGCCUGCCAAGGCAGAUGUAUUUUCGUUGUCACUUCUCCCCACCUGAAAGGGAAAUCCGUCUGCUGCACAGGCUAGUGUUAGAAGGCAAGGAGUUUUUAUGAGGGCUUAAAAACUUACGCAGAGUUCUGAUUUGAUGGGGAAAGCAUUGGCAUUUCGGGUAAGUAACGGCAGCAGCUAAUGGGAGGUAAUCAUUUAUGAGAUGUGGUCACCUGUGAAGGUUCAAUGCCAUUAGAAGCUGCUCCAGCCGUGUUACAGUAAAACACUGCGAACAAGAACCUAGAUUUUUUGAAGUUUGGCAAAAUAGAUUCUUAUAGUUUGGAGUACUUAUUGGAAGUUUAGGCUAAAUGUGUUCUUAAUUAGGUUCUUAAUUUUUAUGAAGAAGGAUACCGUUGUUGAUUACAAGAAAUUGCUAUAUAUGGUAUUUGUCCUUCAUAAUAGGCACUUAUUUACUAAAAAUCUAACAAAACUAGGUUAACAGCUAGAAGAUAUGCAGUUUUCAACAAUGGUUGUAAACAUUAUACAUUUAUUAUAUAAUGUAAUAUAAAUUCCUCAUAUUAAAUCCAGACUUUUGGUCAAAAUGUUUAUGAAAAUGUAGUCUAAUCCCACAUAUAAGAACCGGUUGAUUUUUCUUGGCUAAACUGGUUCUUAUAUUUUGAAGUAUUAAAAUGACAAAUUUCUGCCAGCAGGUUCUUAAAUCCUAGGUUCUUCUUUGCAGCAUUUUAAUUACUGUAUCAAUCAGUUACUGUGUUUUCUGGUCAUGGCUAUAAUGAUUUGUGGCAGAAGCAGGGCUAUGUUUCUGUUUGUGGUUGUUAAUAAGGACUUAUAAAAUAAUUGAGGCUUUUUAUUUGUUUGUUUUUUAAUUUACUUUUUCAGAUAUCUACGUUUGUGUUGUAUCAUUCACACAUAAUGUUGCUGCAAAAGGCUUCUACAUAGCCAUUGUGAGCACAAAGGUUGAGACCAGUAAUCCUUUACAAGAACUCAAACCUGGACUGGAUCUCCUAGGAGAAGUUAGAGAAAAGUGAGUAGAUUUUCCAAGAAUAGAUAAAAUAAAGUGGAGGUUGUAAGUACUAAUGUUGCAAGUAAUGUUGUGUUAGUAUGUGUAAUCGGAUGAUGAUGAGUGAAAUUAGGGAAUAAUUUCCCGCGCGUUUUGUCCAAAUCUUAAAAAAAAAAUUUAGGAUUAUUAGGAUUUGGACAAAACACAAGUGAAAUUGUUCUCUAAUUUCACGAGUAUACAUGUACCAUUUGAUUACCUAUUAAUAUCAUGGGUGAUGAAUAACAUUAGCAAUCUUGGAUUUUUGACAUAUGUUUAUCCUGGAUCGUCUGAUUGAGAACUCCACUCUCUCGAACGUUUAGAGCUUAAAUUUGGCUCAAGUUCAGAAUUUUUCGACAAAAUACCUGUUAGAAUCGUUCUUGAUGUACUCCCUCAUGUGUUCAGGUUUUUUGAAGCGUCUUUUUAUGCCCUGGCAUCUUCAUUCAUGACAUUUUAGAACUUUGUCGCCAUCUUGACACUGAGACGUACGGAACGUUGCCAUGGCAAUAUUGUAAUUUCACAUGUGAUAUUACAAAUUAAUGCUGAAAUUUCGCGCCAAAAUUAAGGAGUAAUUCGUCACCUAUGAUAUUAUUAUAAGUAUAAUGCUGCUGGUAGUGAAACAUCACCUGAGAAACAAUGGACCGAAAUACACACUCUGCUAACGGGCCAGUUUGGACAUAUUAACAUCCACACUAAGCCUUUUCUAUGUACAAGGCUCUGGGAAAUAAAACAAAAGAAAUGAAUAUUAUUAUUUAUUGCUGAGCAUCAAGAGGAUUUUUUUUUCCUGUAAGCCUCCUAUGUCCUUCUAUUGGGUCAGUUAAUAGUUGUGGGAUAAAGGACUACAACUGUGUCCUACAAUGUCGAAUUCUUUGUGAUUUGGGUCUUUAUUGGCCAGUUUACAGCCUGUCGUACAAAAACAACUUAAAACUGUUUGCACAUACCACAAUUUGCGAAACUUAGCACAAUUAGACCUGACAAACAUAAACACCGAAAAAGCAACAGGACACCCAAGGCGAUCCAUAGAUAUGUUAGUGAGCUUCUCGCCUGGGGGCUCGCAACAAUAAAAAAUUAAUAGAUAAAAUACACUAGGAGUUUAGACUUGAGAGCAUGUGCCAGCAUGGUGUUACUGGUGAUUUGUGGAGCUAGAAAUGACGUAACAGUUAUGAGAAAGUUGAGGGAGUCAAGUUCAGGAGACACUUUGCCCUCUAAUCAGGCUGAUAAAUUAGCCAACAUUUUGCAAUGCCAGUGGUGGAUUCACCAUAAAAUAACACCUGAGGAAAGAGCAGAGAAACUCGAUACUCUGGGUAGUGCUUCUGAUUGGUCAUGGCUUGAGGAAAAUAUGCAUCAACCAAUCGGAAGUACUAGCCAUAUCUUGGCUAGUGACAUGUCAUCAGUAUGGAGUUUCUGCGUUUGCUUGGCAGGGAAACUUGGAAGGAGAUUGUCCAAUCACAACGUUAUUUCUGAAAUUUAAAGUUUCUCAAGUUUUUUUGCAAAGGGAUCAAUAACAUUGGUAAAUUUGAGGGCUGUUUCUUGAGAGCUCCGGUAAAUUCAAACGGUUUUAAAGCUUUCAACGGUUGCAUGGUUGAAUUCUUGAAUUUUAUUGGUCCAUUGGCAAAAAAACUUGAGAAUCUUUCAUUUUCAGAAAAAAGUUUUGAGUGGACAAUCUUCUUCCAAGUGUCUCAGUUUGAGUGUCCUUACUGUAAUAGUGUCCAAGUGUCUUGGUUUGAGUGUCAAAACUGAAAUACUCUCCAAGUGUCUCAGUAUGAGUGUCUUCACUGUAAUAGUGUCCAAGUGUCUUGGUUUGAGUGCCCAAACUGUAAUGGUGGCCAAGUGUCUUGAUUUGAGCGUUCACACUGUAAUAGAAUCCAAGUGUCUUGGUUCGAGUGUCCACACUGAAAUAGUCUCCAAGUGUCUCAGUUUGAGUGUCUGCACUGUAAUGGUGUCCAAGUGUCUUGAUUUGAGUGUUCACACUGUAAUAGUAUCCAAGUGUCUUGGUUCGAGUGUCCACACUGAAAUAGUCUCCAAGUGUCUCAGUUUGAGUGUCUGCACUGUAAUAGUGUCCAAGUGUCUUGGUUUGAGUGUCUGCACUGUAGUAGUGUCCAAGUACCUUGGUUUGAGUGUCUGCACUGUAUUAGUGUCCAAGUGUCUUGGUUUUUUAGUGUCCACACUGUAAUAGUGUCCAAGUGUCUUGGUUUGAGUGUCUGCACUGUAAUAGUGUCCAAGUGUCUUGGUUUGAGUGUCCACACUGUAAUAGUGUCCAAGUGUCUUGGUUUGAGUGUCCACACUGUAAUAGUGUCCAAGUGUCUUGGUUUGAGUGUCCACACUGACGCUAAUAGAUGAUCUUUAUAAAUUUUGUGGUUAGCAGUGUUACAGUGCCAGAAUAAAGUGAAGCAAAACAAAUGACUAUAAGUCUAUUUGGUUAAAAAUUGCGAUUGCUUCUGAUGGUAUGUACUGUUUACUGAAGAAGAUUUUAAUUAUUUUGUCUCCUUUCAGAUUCGUAUCAGUGAAGGACACUUUGGUUCCAACUGAUGAAGGAGAAAAGUCAAAGGUUAGUUCUUAAGGGCUGUUUAAAUGGAGGGGGGAUCCAAAAGUGUUAGCUACCCUUAUGGAUCCGGUAGAAAGUGUGAGGACUUGAAGUAGCCUUGCUUUCAUUAGAAAAUUAUUGGGGACGUGUGGUCUUUAUACCGAGAUAUUUAGGAGAUCUUUUUUUGACAAUAAUCGCAAUACCUUGGUACUAAAAUGUGAAUAACACAACCUCCGAAAACCGUAGUUAAGCUAUUAAAAAACCUCCCAACAUUUCAGACAAAUAAAACGGUUAUCAAGGAAUUUUUAGCUUUUCUCAAGCUUUAGAAAUUUCUAGGCAAUAUUUGCUCCUUCGAGCAGUUAUUUUACAGAAACAAGUCGCCGGGUACCCCUGAGAGGUUCGACGGUAUAUUUUUCUCUUUUGUAUGCCGAAUGACGCACAUGAAUUCUCUAAAAUUUUAUUGAAUGUUGAUUAAAAUGCUAGAAAAAGAACGUUAUGGAAUGUGAUUUAAGCGCAGUGUUCGUUUUUUCUCGCUAAUGAACGUACCUUUGCGUUAUCGGCCGCCAUUUAACGCAGCUGAAUGCGUAUUUUCUCGUAAUGAACAGGGAAAUGUGUAGUACGUUUAAUAGUGAUACACUUACCAUGAGGACAAUAUUGUUAGCCAAUGUUAACCAAUGUGAAUUGUACCCAGGUUUUUAUCACGACUACAUAUGAUGCCACGACCCACUUCCAAACUACUUGUUCCGACAUACUGGAUGUUUAUAAGCGAUGUACUGGAGAAGACGUUGACUUCUCGAAAGUCCAGCAAGACGUAACAACGGUCGGUGAACAAUGAUGGGUGCUGUAGGUUGUUGAACAUAAAGUGUUAUGGAUCAUUUGCAAAGUUAGAAAAGGCCAAAAUUUUAUCACGUUAUUUCAAUUCUUUGUGAAGAAAAGUUUGAUCUGUCAAGAAAGAUUAGUAGUCUAGAACUGAAUGACACAUUUGAUGUCAAACUAAUUCCGGGCGGUGCAAUAGGCCUCUUUCGAGUCGUCUCAAGCCUCUGUUUCCAAGCGAGGCGCAGUGCGAAGCCAUAGAUUUGCAAUAUUGAUGUUUCAUUCGCACGCAAAUGACUCAUUUUCAUGACAAAGGACAAAGGUUUUGCCCUUAGCCUCGUUUUGAAAGUGAAAGUUCUUGGAAUUUGGAAGUGGCCUAUUACUCGAGGCAGCUUUUCUGUUAACUUGCAGAGCCAUAUGAUUGAUUUUGUCGACACGAAAUAGCUUGCAUGAAGGUUAUUAUCUCCUAAAAUUUCACAUAAGUAAAACUGCCAUGCAAGUCUCUAGAAGAAAGACUGUAAAGGGGUGUUCACCAUUUCAGAGAAAAAUCUGGUUAGGUUAGCCAUCGAGAUUAUGAUAAGCGGUUUACAGCUUACAGCUGUAUCUCGUAACUUCCAUUUUCAAUUCG